AGUCCAUUUUCUUCACAAAAUUGCUAUCAACUUUUCAUAGAAAAUAAUGGCAUUUCGGUUGCCAUUGAUAAAGCAAGCUAAGAAGCAUAUCCUCUGCCGCAGACAUUCAAAAGGCAAAGCAGUGUUGUCAGCUAAUAGUAAUAUACCAAAAGGGCAUUUAGCAGUAUAUGUUGGAGAAGAGAAAAAGAAGAGAUUUGUGGUUCCAAUAUCAUACUUGCAUCAACCUGUUUUUCAACAAUUUCUUUGUAAAGCUGAAGAUGAAUUUGGAUUUAAUCAUCCAAUGGGCGGUCUCACCAUUCCUUGCAGAGAAGAGAUCUUUGUGAAUGUAACUUCUCAAUUGGAAAGUUAAUCACAACAGUUUUCUCCAGUGAUCUUCUAGAAACAUGCAAAUGAAAAUCAACUCUGCAAUUUCCUAUCAAGACAUUAUUUCAUCAAAUAUAGGGCCAAAGAUGAGUAGAAGCCAUUCUGCUUUGUAGCAUGUAGAAAUUAACAAAUGUCUAUCUAGAAUUACUCAGACAUAUGUUGUACAAUAACAAAAGUUUAAAAUUAGAACACAUAUUUACUCA